AGUCAGCGAUUGCGAUAUUCCCGGCAUUCUCCGCAUAACAUUCCAGGGAGGCUCCGCCCCCUCCCAGCAGAACUUUGGACGCAGCGGCAGAGCUGACAGAGACGGCUGACUCUCCCCAGACUCGGAGGCAGCAUGGCGGAGUUCACCACGGCCGGCGAGUACGAGGCGAAGAUGAACGCGCAGAUCUACCUGGACACGUACUUCCAGCUGGGGUCCGGGAGCCUGGCGGACGAUUUCAUACGGUUCGCGCUCAGGAAGCUGCACGAGGUCUUUUCGUCAGGUGCGGUGAAGGGCAGCACUCUUAUUGAUGUUGGCACUGCCCCGUCCAUCUACCAGCUCCUCUCUUCCUGCGAAGCCUUCGAUGACAUCACCGCCACCUGGUUCACGCAGAGCGAGCUGCGCCUGCUGCAGAAAUGGCAGAACAAGGAGCCGGACGCAUUCGAUUGGACGUCCAUACUGACAUACGUCUGCGAGUUGGAAGGAAACAAAGUGACCCCCGCGGAGAAGGAAGAGAAGCUGAGGGGAAAAAUAAAGCGAGUUUCGCACUGCGACGUCGGCAAGGGCAACCCGCUGGCGCCGGCCGAAGCUCCCAAAGCCGACUGCGUCACCGCCACCGUCUGCCUGGAGGCCGCCUGCAAAUCCUUCGAGUCCUACGGCCUGGCCCUCAGGCACCUGGCCAACCUCCUCAAACCGAAGGGGUACCUGCUGCUGGCGGGGGACCUGGGCGCCAACUACUACGAGGUCGGCGCCGAAAAGGUCUUCUCGCUGCCCGUGAACGAGAAGUUCCUGAGGGAGGCGCUCUCCGGCAACGGCUAUCACAUCGUAGAGCUGGAGACGCGGCCAGUGAGAGAAGACAGACUCGUCGGCGGAGCCCGGAGGACGGAACCAGAGGAGAGAGAUUGUUUCCUGGCAACCAAGAAACAAAACUUUAUAAAAGAUACAAAUGUGACAAAACAAAGUGCACGUCCUGUCCGCUUCUCAAUCUCACAACAAUGUGUCUGCCCCGGGAUGUGA